UGCAAAAAAACCUAACACACAACUUCAUCUGUGAACAGCAAUAGUUCUUAAUCUUAUGCUUCCUUUUAACUUGAUCUUUCUUUUAUGACUUACUGAAAUCCGACUUCGUAAGCAAUUUAUUACUGACCUACCUGCCCCACAAAUUUUCCACAACACGAGGGAAUCUCACAUUUUCGAUGGACAAAAUCACAUUUGACUAAAAGAAUGAAUAACAAACUAUUCCGAUGUGCAUCUUGUCUACUGGAUAAUUAUUGCCGAAUUUGAAUGGGCCUCCAUUCUAAGAUUUACUCGUUUUCUGUGUCAUUCGCAUUAAUUCCAGAUUAAAUUCCAAGACCUGCUACUAGGAAGGAGAAAGAAUGCAUCUAAACUUUCCCGCUCAGAUGCUGCAUAAUUAUUGAGUGAAAGCAGGGCAACAUUUCCUUCACCUGUAUACAGAUUGGAGUCUGUGCAAGAGGAACAGAAUAUACUACUUUCCCAUCAGCAAAUCAAGGCAGAAUGGCGUCAGGUGCAGGAGGAGGAGAGGUCAUCAUUUGUAAAGCUGCUGUAGUAUGGGCGGCAGGGCAACCAUUAAGCAUGGAGCAAAUUCAAGUGGAUCCUCCCCAAGCCAAAGAAGUUCGCAUCAAAAUUACCCAUACUUCGCUUUGCCAUACUGAUAUUUAUUUCUGGAAAGGAAAGGAUGGAGGAGCUUGGUUUCCAAGGAUUCUCGGUCAUGAAGGAGCUGGGGUUGUAGAAAGUGUGGGGCAUGAGGUUACAGAGCUUAGCCCUGGAGAUCAUGUUAUUCCAUCGUACAUGGCAGAGUGCAGAGAAUGUGAGCUUUGUGCUCGAGGCAAGAACAACAUCUGUGAAGUUUUUAGAUUCAACUUCAUGAGUGGAGUUGCAUACAGUGAUAAGAAAUGUCGUUUCUCUAUCAAUGGAAAACCCAUCCAUCAUUUCUUUGGACUUUCAACAUUCAGUGAAUAUACAGUGGUGCAUGCAUCUUGUGUGGCAAAAGUGAACCCUGAAGCACCUUUGGACAAGGUCUGUUUGCUGGGAUGUGGGGUAUCAGCAGGAUAUGGAGCUGCUUGGAACAUUGGGAAGGUGAGACCUGGCGAUUCAGUGGCAGUUUUCGGACUGGGUACUAUUGGCUUGGCUACUGCAGAAGGAGCCCGAAUUGCUGGUGCUACUAGAGUACUUGGCAUUGACAUUAACCCCCAAAAGGAAGAAAUAUCUAAACAAUUUGGGGUGACCGAAUUCUUGAAUCCAUCAAAUUUUGACAAGCCCAUUCAAGAGGUGAUCAAAGAAAUGACAAAAGGAGGAGUGGAUUCGAGUUAUGAAUGUAUUGGAAGAGUAGAAGUUAUGCUUGCAACUCUUCAAUGUGCUCACCCUGUAUGGGGAAGAGCAGUGAUAUUGGGUAUAGACGAAAUUGAUAAAAAGCUAUGUUUCAGCCCACUGGAGCUUCAUGAUGGCCGGAAGCUAAAACUUGCACCUUUUGGGGGUUUCAAGAUUUCUGAUGUGCCCAAAUUGGUGGAUAGAUUCAUGAACAAUGAAUUUGAUUUAGACAAGUAUGUGACUCAGAGAAUGGAAUUCUCAGAUAUCAAUGCAGCAUUCCAAUUGUUGUUGGAAGGGAAAUGCUUAAGAUGCGUCCUGAGGAUGCAAGUAGAUUAAAAGAGUGACAAAUGACGCAGAACAAAAAUCUAGGGCCACAUGGAAGGCAUAUAACUUCAACUAUUGAAAGGGUGAGAAAUGAUGCAGGAGAAAAAUCUAGGGCCACAUGGAAGGCAUAUAAUUUAACUAUCUCCAAGGUUUUUGAUUGUCUUUCUGUGGCUUUUUUUUCUGGAUAGUAAUUUUAGUAACUUUUGUAUAGGUGAGUAGAUUCAGAGACAAAUGCACAUAUUCCAUCUUUUUAUUUUCUGAAAACAGAAAUAAUCUCAUGUAGUUUGUAUAGAGCAUUUGGGUGUUUUCACUUUGCUGGGAGAAUGGGAAGGAAGCAAAGAUUGAGCUUAGAAAUAUUAAGACAAGCAUUGGUUGGAAUCUACAUUUAUGAGCUGUUAGUUUUUUUUAAUGCCGUAACAACAAUUUCUCUUCAUUUUUCCA